AUGGACCUUCUGGAGGGCCAGUUUGCUCAGGAUGAAGUCGCCAGAAACCAACUCUUUGAGAGAGUGCUCAAGGUCCAUAAUCGAGAUGGCCUUAUCAGCUGCUCUAUCAGGGCAACCACAGUAGAAGACAUGGAGGCAAGACUGGACUGUGGGUUAGUGAAAGGCCAUGCCUAUGCGGUGACCGACGUUCGCAAGGUCCGUCUGGGACAUGGCCUUCUGGCGUAUUUCAAGUCAGAAAAGCUACACAUGAUUCGCAUGAGGAAUCCCUGGGGUGAAAAGGAGUGGAGUGGACCGUGGAGCGAUAGCUCAGAAGAGUGGAAGAAAGUGAGCAAGAGUGAGAGAGAGAAACUGGGCGUCACUGUUCAGGAUGAUGGAGAGUUUUGGAUGAACUUUGAGGAUUUCUGUCACUACUUCACCGACCUGAUCCUGUGUCGACUGAUAAACACGUCUUACUUGAGCAUUCAUAAGACCUGGGAGGAGGAGGUGAUGAGGGGCUCCUGGAUCCACCGAGACGACCCGCUCCGCAACCGCGCCGGAGGCUGCAUUAACCAUAAAGCCACGUUUCUGCAAAACCCACAGUAUGUUUUUGAUGUGAGAAAAGUGGAAGAUGAGGUGCUGAUCUGCCUGCAGCAAAAGGAACGCAGAGCUACUCCAAAGGAGGGCAAAGGCGAGAACCUGGCCAUUGGAUUUGACAUCCAUAGGGUGGAGUUGAAUAGGAAAUACAGAAUGCACUCGGCUCAGCAGAAGGUCGCAGGGUCAAUCUACAUCAACUCUCGCUGCGUCUUUCUGAGGAAAGAGCUAAAGGAGGGACGUUACGUCAUCAUCCCCACAACCUUUGACCCAGGUCAACAUGGAGAGUUCCUGCUCAGAGUCUUCACUGAUGUGCCUUCAGACUGCAAAGAAUUAACUCUGGACGAGCCUCCACAGACAUGCUGGACUGGGAUGUGCGGUUACCCUCAGCUGGUCACCCAGGUGCAUGUGUUAAGUGCCGAAGGCCUGCAGGGCCAAGAUGUCAAUGGAGCCUCUGACCCAUAUGUGAUCAUCACCUGUGAGGGGGAGAAGGUUCGCUCCCCCGUGCACAAAGACACACGCUGCCCCAGUUUUGACGUUAAAGGAAUAUUCUACCGCAGAAAGCCAAAGGAAGGCAUUCACAUCGAGAUCUACAAUAAGAAUGUGAUUGUUGACACCUUCCUGGGUCAGGUGACCCUCUUUAGUGACCCUAACGACCGCCAAGAGCAGCACAUGGUCUACCUUAAAGACAAGGGUGGUCGUCAAGACAACAACCUUCCAGGCACACUGACUGUGCGCCUGAUCACCUGCACCACUUUAACCAACAUCUGAUCAUGCAUCCCGCCACUUCACUCUUUCUGCUUGUGUUCCUCGUUCACCCACAAUGCCUUUAGCCCUCAUAAUCUUCUACAGAUUUUUUUUUUCAAUGAACGGUUAGUUGAUCCUAAAAAA